GUUCAUACCCCCUUAUCCCGAGACGAACAUCUUCCAGAAGAUCGAUCCUGCGACCACCCUGUAUUAGAAUGAGCAGUGUCCAAAUAUGUUAUUGAUCUACUUUUAUAUCCGUACGUUCCAUGCGGCAAGUUGCUUUUAGCACAGUUCAAUCAAAACAUACCCACCACCGCACAAUACAAACACCUUCUCAGUGGUGUGCCUCAGGUCUUAACAGUUUUUGCAGAAACAAUGGGAAGAAUGUUAAUAGUCAAAUAGAGUGAGAACAUCUCCGCCCCUGAUAUUCUAUUUCACCCCUAUAAAAUAUUCAUCCCUAUAUGCUCAUCAAGGUCGUUAUCGACGAAACUAUGUGAAUUUUCCACUUCGACGAUGGUGCAGUUGGAAUUAGUGGUUGGAUAGCCAUGACCGAGACAUUGAAAAAAACGGGCAGCCAAGAUCGGACAGACUUGGUGGCAUAUUGGAGCAUCCCAUUGUUAGACGGUGUGCACACCGUGGAGUUUGAACAUGGACACACUACAGGAAAAAGGGUUAUCCGAGUAGAUGGAAAGGAAAUAGUCAGGAAAGAAUGGGUCUUCAAGCUAGUAGGCGACGAAACUUUUGAAAUAGGUAACCAAAAGACAAAGUGCGUUCUAAGGGUAGACCCUUUACCACAUUUCGCAUUCAGAUACAGCUUAUAUGUGGACGGAAAACCCCUAGAACAAUUUACUGAGAAACAAUCGCAAAACAUCAGGUCAUGGACGACAGUAAUUGGAAGUCAACGGUAUAGAAUAGUAUUAGAAAAACAGGCUUUGAAUGUAUAUGUCAAUGGGCAGAUAUGCGAGGCGGAGCAUUCGUUUGUGAAAGAUGGCAGUGAAAUUACAUUUCCUUUAGAAGAAACGUAUGCUACCAUAAAAGCUACUUCAGCCGAUGAAAACCAAGGUGUUAUACAUCAGCUUUAUCUUGAUGGAAAACUGGUUGAAGAAGACAUUUUUUAAAUAAAAAUUAUAGUACCUGUGAAGAAUAAUAUUAUAUAUAUAUAUAUAUAUAUGUUCCUAAUAACAAUAAUAAAUAAAUAGUUUAU